AUGAUUAACAUACAGCUGGCGGGUUUGAAGCUUUUUCAGCAGGAUAGAACCGCUGCCUUUGGACUUGACUAUCGUGGAUCCUCUGGGGAGCCUCAACAACAUCAUGAAGCUGACGAGGCAGAGAAGAGUCUCUCCACAUCAGAACAUCUCAAGAAACAGCAGCAGAAAUGCACAGGGAAUAAACCUAACCACUGCUCUGUCUGUGGGAAGAGUUACUCAAGAUCAGAUUCACUAAAAGCACACCAGAGAAUUCACACUGGAGAAAAAUCUUAUAGCUGUGAUCAAUGUGGGAAGAAUUUUGCUACGUCUAGCAAGCUGACUAUUCACCAGAGAAAACACACAGGAGAGAAAUCUUUCCACUGCUCAGACUGUGGGAAGAGUUACUCAAGAUCAGAUUCACUAAAAGCACACCAGAGAAUUCACACUGGAGAGAAACCUUAUAGCUGUGAUCAAUGUGGGAAGAGUUUUACUACAUCUAGCCAGCUGACUAUACACCAGAGCAAGCACACAGGAGAGAAMCCUUACAACUGCUCUGACUGUGGAAAGAGUUUUGUUAUAUCAGGAUAUUUAAAAUCACACCAGAGAAUACACACAGGAGAGAARCCUUAUAMCUGUGAUCAAUGUGACAARAGUUUUAGUCACUCAAGCAGCCUGAUAGUACACCAGAGAACACACACAGGAGAGAARYCUUAUAGCUGUGAUCAAUGUGGGAAGAGUUUUACUGAAUCUAGUCAGCUGACUAAGCACCAGAGAAAACACACAGGAGAGGAAAUCUUACCACUGUUGUGACUGUGGCAAGAGUUUUGUUUUGUCAGGACUUUUAUAAAUAACACACAGGAGAGAAGUCUUACCUUAACCACACUGCUAACCCUAAUGACUAACC